AUGGCGUUGGCUGACGCUGGACAUCCUACUGGGGGAUGCUUUCUUUCUCCUGGCUCUUGGAUCUUUGCCUUCGGAUUGUUUUCAAAACUCUUCUACAAUGCGUCCAAUAACGAGCUGGUCCGCACCAAGACUCUGGUCAAGAACUGCAUCGUGCUCAUUGACAGCACCCCGUACCGACAGUGGUACGAGUCCCACUAUGCACUGCCCCUGGGCCGCAAGAAGGGGGCCAAGCUGACUCCUGAGGAGGAAGAAAUAUUAAACAAAAAACGAUCAAAGAAAAUUCAGAAGAAAUACGAUGAAAGGAAAAAGAAUGCCAAGAUUAGCAGUCUUCUGGAGGAGCAGUUCCAGCAGGGCAAGCUUCUGGCCUGUAUCGCCUCAAGACCAGGCCAGUGUGGCAGAGCCGAUGGCUAUGUGCUAGAAGGCAGGGAGCUGGCGUUCUAUCUGAGGAAGAUCAAAGCCCGAAAGGCAAAUAAACCAUCCAUCAUAGCUCAUGUACUAAAGGUGUUUAUUAUUCUGUAA